AUGCACGUCGGUCAUUCAUACCUAACUCAAGGUAGCUACGGAUACGGAGCGCUGCAUGCGAUAUCCCACGACAUCCGACCUCCAACGCCCCCUGGUUGGACCCUGUAUGAGUCUGCCACUGUGCAAAAAGCCCCAAAGAACCGUCCUGAACCAUCUUGGGGUUCUUCCGCUGCAUCCCCCAAUCAACCUGAAUGGAAUGCGGAACCUCUGGCCAGGGAAGCGAAAGCAGGAUUCGAUACCACAAUUCAGCCCACCAGGCCAGCUAGCUUGCCCAGUUCCCUCCGUCUUUGGUCGAUUGUCGCACUCUAUUCCGUCGUACCCCUCUCAAGUACCCACCUGUGCCUUCAAGGUAGACGCUCUCGUCUCAAGUCGCCGUCAUUACUGACGCUGCAUGCGCUGGGUUCUGUCCGCCACAACUACUUCGGUUUUCGCUUCAACUCUGCAACCAAAGAUCGCCAUGACAUCUAUACACACUCAAACACUCUCUACGUGUAG